AAGUGCGUGGUUUGGAGUUGGGAGUCACUCGCUUGGAAUCUAACCGACCGUUGUGCGUGUCCUUGUGGAUUUACGGACAGCGAUGAUCGACAGCUGAUAUUAUUAGCGCUUUUCAUCAAACGAGCCCCUUUGCUUGACAUUGAGGUUUGAUGGUCUUCAACUCGUUUUUGGGGUUAAUUCAAUGAGCGCUUUGAACGGCCACGGUUUAGGAUCCACCAGCAAUGGAGUGUUGCGGACUAAAGGGUCCAUCCAGAAAUUCAGUGAUUCACCGGAGGAGGAAAUCGACGCUUUUCUCACCGACGAAGACCAGCUGCACACUUUUGAUGACCUCACUAAGGUCAACCCAGUAACACCCACAACAGUGCUGAAAUGUCUACAAGCCAGGUACAGCACGGGUGUAUUUUACACCCAUGCUGGCUGCACUUUGGUAGCACUUAACCCCUUCCAGCCAGUUCCAGACCUCUACUCUUUGGAUGUGAUGAAGGAAUAUCACAGUGCUCCACAGCCACAGGAGUCUAAACCACACAUCUUCAUUGUGGCUGAAGAAGCAUACCGCAAUGUCAGUGGUCAGUUGGAGCCAGUCGACCAGUCACUAGUGGUCAGCGGGGAGAGUGGUGCUGGAAAGACAUGGACGUCACGCUGUCUGAUGAAAUACUAUGCCACAGUGGCGGCCUCCUCGUCGCUACACAAGUGUCAGGACACUGUGGAGAGGAUCGAGAGACGAGUACUCGACUCGAACCCCAUCAUGGAGGCCUUUGGCAAUGCAUGUACCCUACGGAACAAUAACAGUAGUCGAUUUGGAAAGUACAUUCAGCUCCAGCUGGACAGGUGCCAGCUGUUAGUGGGCGCAUCAGUGCAAACGUAUCUGCUGGAAAAGACCAGAGUGGCCCAUCAGCCUGGCAAUGAAAGGAACUUCCACAUAUUUUAUCAGAUGAUGAAAGGUGCGACCGAUGAGCAGAGGAUAGAAUGGAAGAUGCAACAAGACCAAUGUUUUUCAUGGCUGCCAAACGCUGAGAAAACCAUCGAGGAGGAUUGUUUCAAUGAGACGCUGGAAGCUAUGAAGCAUCUGGGGAUAAAUUCAGAGUCACAAAGAGAGAUUUUCACGAUAUUGGCUGCUAUUCUCCAUCUUGGAAAUGUGACUUUUUCUUCAGCUGAUGAGUCACAUGCUUGUCAUAUUGAUCAGAGCUCCAAAGACUACCUGCAGAGCGCUGCUGAACUCCUGCGAGUCCCAGCCGAGGAGCUUCAGUCAUGUUUACAGGUCAGAACUUUGAUGGCCGGACGGCAGAGAGUAGAGAAGCCUUGUACCCAAGCAGAGUGCAGCGUGAGGAGAGACUGUCUGGCCAAAGUCAUCUAUGCCCACGUAUUUGAAUGGCUGGUUUUAUUCAUCAACAAAAGCAUUUGUGCUGACAGAUCUGCCUGGAGCAACUUCAUAGGUGUUCUGGACGUCUAUGGUUUUGAAUGCUUCCAAGUUAACAACUUGGAGCAGCUGUGCAUCAACUACGCCAAUGAGAAGCUCCAGCAGCACUUUGUGGCCCACUACCUGCGCGCUCAGCAGGAGGAGUACGUGUCCGAGGGAUUAGAGUGGUCUUUUGUUAAAUACCAAGACAACCAAAGCUGCCUGGACCUGCUAGAAGGAAGCCCCAUCAGUGUCUUUUCUCUUUUAAAUGAGGAGAGCAGACUCAAUCGAACGUCAGACGACGAGACCUUCAAAACGCGUUUGGAGAAAGAGCUGAGUGACAAUGUCAACAUCAGCUGGGAUAAAUUCAGCAAGGUGCCACAUUUCACCGUGACGCACUACGCAGGCGACGUCAACUACCAGAUCCAGGGGAUGGUGGAGAAAAAUAAGGACCCGGUACCACCAGAGCUGACAGACCUGCUUCAGAAGUCUGAAAACCGGCUCCUCCAGCGAGUCUUCUCUGAUGCUCACACUGACAUCUCCUCUGCUAAGGGGCUCAGUAAAGUCACGGUGGUGUCGAAGUUCAAGAACUCUCUUGAGACCCUGAUGAAAAUCCUCCACAGCACAACCCCCCACUACACCCGCUGCAUCAAACCCAACCCGGACUGCAGGCCGCUCGUCUUUAAGAGAGAGGAGGUGAUCAUGCAGCUGGAGGCCUGUGGCAUAGUAGAGACGGUCCACAUCAGCGCUGCUGGCUUCCCAAUACGGAUUCCUUUCACAAGCUUCAUGCAACGUUAUGGAUUACUCGUGAAAAACUCAAGGAUCAAGGCUGAGACCAGAUAUUUUGAGUCUCACUCGCGGUUAGACGCUGAAAACAGUACCGCUCUACGCCAGAGAGUGGAGAAGCUUCUCUGCGUUGUGUUGGAGCAGCAGAACUACAAACAUUUACAGAAAUGUGACGCACAAAAGCACAACUCCUCUGUUCACGUCGGACACAGUAAAGUGUUUCUCACGCAGUCUACGCUAGAUUUUCUCGAAGAUCAGAGGAAGAACAUCCUGUCUCAGUGUGCCUUCUGCAUCCAGUGCUGCUGGCUAAGGUUCCAGCGACGCAAGCAAAACACCAGACGUCAGUCUGCCACACUAAUUCAAGCAGCUGUGCGAUCGUGGCUGGUCAGGAGGAAGGUUAACCGCUGGAACCAGGCUGCAGCUGUGAUUCAGAACACGUGGAGGAAGUGGAAGGAAUUGCUUAAUUCGUUGGCUGACGAAGAACUGGACGACGCGAAAGAUUUGGUGAAGGAGGACGACCCAGAAUUGACCCCCGCUAUCAAAGAUCGCGGCUCGGUGCAGCUGCCCACCAUGCAGGAGCCUGUCACAGUGCGAGGAUGGCCCAUGGGUCUGGCUCUGGCCUCCGCCCCAUCCAUCACCGUGACUCUGACUGCGACUGGUUUCCAGAAGAUGAUGUCAGUCAUGGCGUCCCUCAAUCUGCCUUCCAGGAAAGGAGAAUACAAAGUUGAGACCAACCAGCACCGAGAGGGAGUCGCCUCCAUUCGAGCGAAACCAAGGGGAUCAGUCAAGCUGCACUACCAGCGGUCUCCACUACUAUACGCGGACAGGCAGCCAGAGCUGAAGACUGAUGUGACUGGGUUCAACGAGAUCCUGCUAGAGAAAACGUUGUAAGGGUAUCACACAGAUUGUUUUUUUUUUAAUGAGGCAAUCGAAGAGAUUUAAGAGACGCAUGUCAUAUGUUAUAUAUAUAUCAUUUGUUGCAAAUUUCACUGUUGUGACAAUGAUCAUUUUGAUAAUGAAUUUUGAAAAUGAAAAAUGUAUACAUUUUGGUAUCAAUGCAAGAUUGUCAGAUUAUGUAUAUUUAUACAUGUUGUCUAUUUCACCAUACAAAACCGUAAUGACGUUUUAGAAGUUUCAAAAUAAUAUUUAAAGUGCAUUGUUACGCUGCUUUUUAUUGGGAGCAAGUGCCUUUAGAUAUCCAUGUGAAGCAACAUCUAUGACAUUUGCCACUGUGCUGUUUGUCAUUUUGCUCUUAUUGCACAUUUCCAGCAUUGAAUGCACAUAAACACGUGAUUCAGGGAAAAUAGCAACAUGAGUUUCUUUAAACUGCUUCUUUGAUUUUGACCUCAUUAUAUACUGAUCUUCCAAAGGUUCAGUAGCUGUGUUAAUAAAUAUACUUUUGCUCGAGGCCAAAGGAAACUAUUCACACUUAAUUAAUGUUAAAUAAGUGACCAUUUGUGUUUUGGUAUUCAUAUUUUGAUCACUUAAAAUGUUUGUAGUCAAAUUUUGACCAUCAUGUUUCUCGCCUCAUAAGGGAAUGUACAAAACAACCCAAGCACGAUCGUCUUUCACAAACUUGAAACAUGUUUAAUUUUUGAAAUAAAUGUUCCAUGUGAUCAAUGGAAAACGUGUU